CCACCACGCGUUUCUACGACACGCCCCGCUCGUGCACUUCGGACCUCACUCAGUCCGGGGAUCUAGACCAGAACCAGGACCAGACCCAGACCCAGAACCGGACCGAGACCAGAACUAAACCCGAACUUUCCAAAAUGUCUCUGCGCGUUUUAGAAAUCAUCUUUUUCUUGUAUUUCGCUUCGCACAUCCCCAUCACGCUCCUCAUCGACCUCCAGGCGCUGCUACCUGCGCACGUGUACCCACAACAGCUCCAGUCUUUGUUGCGUUGGUAUUCUUCAGAGUUUAAAGAUCCGAUGGUUGUGGAUCCUCCUCACUGGUUCAAGUCGUUUAUCUUCUGUGAGGCUCUGGUGCAGCUUCCCUUCUUCCCCGUCGCCGCCUACGCUUUUCUCAAAGGCGGGCGCCGGUGGAUCCGGACUCCGGCCCUGGUCUACGCGGCGCACACGGGCACCACCCUCGUCCCGAUCCUGGCCCACAUCCUGUUCGCCACGUUCCCGUCGGAGCCGCACCCCGGGCCCCGGACGCCGCGGGAACGCUGGCUCCUGGUGUCCGUGUACGCCCCCUACCUGCUGGUCCCGGUACUGCUCCUGCUCACCAUGCUCCUCUCGCCGACGUACAACCGCUCCGGCCAAUCGGGGAGCGGCGCCGAGGCCACGAAGAAGAAGAGGAAGUGAACCCGCACACGGUUUUUAAGAUGACGAUAUAAACUGUUUUUAUUUGACGUUUUAUUUCGUACGAUCAUAAACGAUGAGCUUUU